UAUGUGAGACAGUUCUAUUUCCGCUUCCUGUUUUUUACUUGCACGUGUUUUCGUGUUUUCUUAGACCGUGUUUUCAUAGCACAGUUUGUACGAAUACAACAGCAGUCAUGUCAGAUUCAGAUUCGUCAGAUUACGAAAGCAUGGACACGGAUGAAGAGCUCCAAGCAGCCUUUGCCAGUGGCAAGCUAAAACCAGGUUUAAAUGUGGUUGCAGAAGAGCCAAAGACAUUCUUCAAUGACACAGAAGGCAUGGAGGUCAAGUUGAAAGCUUUCCAGCAGAACUUGGACUGGAUUGAAAGAUUGGACUUGACAAAUGAACCAGCUCCACCCCCACCAGGGACAGACUUUGAUGGUGAAGAUGACGUAAAUGACGACUUCAGGAGGGAGAUGAAGUUUUACUGCCAGGCUCAGGCAUCGGUUGUGAGGGGAAUGGCCAAGCUUCAUCAUCUGGAAGUGCCCACCAAGAGGCCGGAGGACUACUUUGCUCAGAUGGCCAAGUCAGAUGACCACAUGAAGAAGGUCCGAGAAAAACUUCUUGAGAAGCAGAUUGGCAUGGAAAGAUCUGAAAAAGCAAAGAAAAUGAGGGAUCUUAGGAAAUAUGGUAAAAAGGUGCAAACUGAGGUUCUGCUGCAGAGACAGAAAGAGAAGCGAGAGAUGCUACAAUCUGUCAAAAAAUACAGGAAAGGUCAGUUGAACAAGCUGGACUUCCUGGACGAUGUGGAGAAGGCUGAAGGGAAGAGGAAUCAGCCGACAGUGCAGAACUUGGACAAGAAGAGGAAUCAACCCAACAAAAAACGCCAGUUCAAGAACACCAAGUUUGGAUUUGGAGGCCAAAAGAAGAGGUCAAAGUACAACACUAAAGACAGCGCGGCUGACGUGUCCGAGUUUGCUGGAGCAAAACAAAGUGGAAAGUAUGGGAAGAAUCCUAAGAAAAGUGGAAGACCGGGCAAGUCCAAGAGGAUGAAGAUGAAGAACCGAAAGAGAUAGCAUCUGUAUACUUGUUGUGUUUUGUAAAUAAAUGUAUCUUCAUAGUCA